GCUCCGCGGCAACGCGCUCGGAGGGGAAGUGGAGAGACGGAAGAGAGGACGUUCAAAAAACUUGCCAACUUUCAACUGACUGGCUAAAAAUACAGUCAGAGACUAUGUUACAGCAGAAUUGGCGAUUUAUUUCGAUACAGAUUUAGCCAGCUAACCAAACCGCCCUAUCUACAAUCAGUCACCGCUGUCUCCACUCGGCUAGCGCACUCCGGCAGUUUUCAAACAGACUUGCUCAGCCGACCCGGAGCCGUCCAACGUUACAAAGUCACAUUUAGCCGCUGGUAAAGUGGUGUAAUAUCCAGCAAAUUGUACUGACGAGACACACAACCAGCUCACCGGGCUCAGCGGGACUCGGGCUUUUUCUGCUUGUGGGAAAAGUUGUCCGCGGUGUUGGUGGUGGUAGUGGAGGAACCGCGAACGAGGCCUGCUGUUGAGGAGGCUGCAUGUGUGAAGACCGCAGCUGGCGAGGAGUGAUUCAAACUGCGUUACUUAGCUAAACACCCAGACAAACAUGUCGGCCCAGGCGCAGAUGCGAGCGAUGCUGGACCAGCUCAUGGGGACGGGGAGAGACGGAGACACCAUGCGGCAGAGAAUCAAAUUCACAGAUGAGCGGGUUUGCAAAAGUCACCUUUUGGAUUCAUGUCCUCAUGACAUUCUGUCAGGCACUAGAAUGGACCUGGGAGAGUGUAUGAAAGUCCAUGACCUGGCCCUCAGAGCAGACUACGAGAUUGCCUCCAAGGAGCAGGAAUACUUUUUUGAACUUGAUGCUGCUGAACAUCUUCAGUCUUUUAUUGCAGACUGUGACCGCAGGACUGAGCUGGCCAAAAAAAGGCUUGCUGAGACGCAGGAUGAGAUCAGCGCCGAAGUGGCUGCUAAGGCUGAGCGUGUCCAUGAGCUGAAUGAAGAGAUCGGGAAGCUGCUGGCCCGGGCAGAGCAGCUUGGGGGUGAGGGGAACGUCGAUGAAGCCCAGCAGCUGCUGGAAAAGGUGGAGAAGACCCGGGCCUUAAAGAAAGAAGCUGAGGAUGUGUAUAGAAACUCCAUGCCAGCAUCCAGCUUUCAGCAACAAAAACUACGGGUGUGCGAGGUGUGCUCGGCCUACUUGGGUCUCCACGACAAUGAUCGGCGUUUGGCCGACCACUUUGGGGGCAAACUGCAUCUCGGCUUCAUUCAAAUCCGUGAGAAGCUUGAAAAGCUAAGGAAAGCAGUUAUAGAGAAACAAGAAAGAAUGCGAAUGAGAAGACGAGAGGAACGCGAGAGAGAAGACGAAAGAGAGCGACAGUGGGAGAUGGAGCGGGAGAGAGAGCGGGAACGAGAGCGAGAGCGGGAACGAGAGCGGGAAUGGGAGAGAGAACGGGAAAGGGAAAGGGAGCGGAGGAGGUCCAGAUCUAGAAGUGGAGACCGUUACAGGGACGGAGGCAGUUCGUCUUCCCAUCGUUCAAGACGCCACCGCUCCUCUCGCUCCAGAGAAGAGGGUGGAGAUCGAGAAAGAGAAAGGAAACAUCGACACAAGGACAGACAUCGCUCUCGCUCCCACUCUCACAGGCACAAAAGGAAAAGAACCUCCAAAGACAGGUCAUCGCACACCCGCGACAGAGAGCGCUCAUUGUCCCAGGAGAGAUGGAGAGAGGGUGCAGGAGAGGGAUGCCGUGAAGACAGGGUGGAAUUCGGAGAAUGGGAGGACAAGGAGAGGUCCACCUCCCCGGACACAGCCAGGGGCAGGGAACGAGAAAGAUCCCUGUCGUACGAGCGGGACCGGCGCUCCAGCUCCGAGGAGCGAGAGUCUGGGGAGAUAUGAACGGGAGGGGAUGCCUCCAAAGUCUUUAAUUUGGAUAUAUCGCUUAGUGAAAGGAGCAUGUAGAGAGGAGAGCGUGUUGGUGCAGGUGUGCGAGUGUGUGUGUGCGUCGGCUUUGUAUGUGUGUUCAUGUUAAAAGUGGGCCAUGUACAUUAGAGCAGGGGUGAACGGUGGAAGCUUAACAAGGGGAUGAGGGAACAGCUUCGGUGGUGGCGAUCGAGGAAACAUGCAAACCAACUUUUAUAAAACUCUGAAUUGAGAGGCUAGAGUCACCUGGAUAUAGUACAGUCAUAUUUUUAUGCCGUCUUGUCGAUCUUAUGUACAGUUGACAUGGAUAAGAGAUGACUGAGUGAAGAGACCGAAGUCCUACUUAAAGUCUGUUUUUAUUUUACUCACAUGAAGUGCUGUUAUUUUCUUUUUUUAUCAUUAGUUGGACUUUUCAUGUUAUCACUGUUUUUCCUGUUCCAUUAGGAAUCUGUCAGUUUCAGUAGCUGUGGAUAUAUUUACACGGGUUGGACUCAUUAAUGUGGCAUAACCCUCACAGUGAUGUUCGAAAUGAGCUGUGAAUGACUGAAGGCACUUCUGAUGUUUGUGUUUUAUUUGCUGCCUUCAAGCCAUAAUCUCAUUGAGAAAUCUGAUACACAUCCUUGAGUCUGAUUUUUAAUUCAGCAUACAGUGAAGAGAUUGAAAAUAAACUUACUUGUUCCCCCGCGAGAAGUCCUCCAAAUAUUUCCACUCAGUUCCUGAUAUGUGAAGACAUAUAGCUGAUGUGCAUAUUUACAUACUGACCGUUAAAGGCCCGGUUAAAGGCAGGGUCCUGCUUGCUGUGAUACAACCUGGAUGUACGAGGAGGGAUUUACUUUGCUGUGCCACCGUAGAGUGAAUAAAAUUUUCUGCUUCCAUUGAAACACAGCGUGUUUUACAGAUUUCUCUUUAACUUUGCCUUCUGUCCAAGCACAAGGUUUGGUCAAGAUAUGUCAUUUGUGAGCACAUAGCAACCCCCCCCCCCCCCCCUUCUGCUUUAUUGAUGUACAAUACAGUUGUAUAUAAUGUACAUAGCUGUACGCUCAGUUGCCAUUUUAUUAAAUACAGCUGUAUAUUCUAAUGCAAUCCAAUACAAUUGUUAUGCCAUAAAGUUUGCUUUAAUUUUGUCUAGGUUUUUUCAGGUUUUUUGACUAGAAGUCCAGUAUAUACUGGACGUCAUUAUCUUCAGAGGUGUUAAUAUUCUCCCCCCUUUGUGUAUGUUAAUGAAGAGGAUAAGAAAAUUAGAAACACCUCUCAGUAUAAUGUAAUCCAGGACAACACCACCUUUAACUGUGACACAUUGUGAGGUUCAUGAGGGUAGAUGUUGUGGAAGGGCUGUUGUAUUGGAUCGCAUUCAGUUGGACAGGUUUGCCUAACAAAAUGGCCAGCUUGUUGAUCCUGGCAUUCAUCACUGGUACUAAAAUCAAUUUAAAAAAUGAUAAUAAUUCUUGGGAAAAAAUAGGCUUGCUUGCUAGCUAUUAGGAAAAAAAUCCCAAUAAGACCAGAAAAUUUAUUUUAUUGUAGGGUCAUGGCUGAAAAUACUUUGUGCACCUACCUGCCCUACCAGAGUCUUAGGUACUUAAAAGUACCAAUUCCACACUGUAAAAAUAAAUUUUCCAGUCGUUACUGACAUUUACAUAAUAAAAUAUUCUGUACUCUGAAAUUA